AAAGAUUCAUAAUGCCAACAAUAGACAGUUGUAAAUGCUAAAUUUCCUCCAGCCUUAAAGCACGCCCGCCCGCACCGCCAAAAAGAAGAAGAAGAAGAGAAGGAGAAAAAGAAAAAGAAAUCAAUCUGCUUCUUCUGUUGACUCUCAUUCUUUGCUCAACAUCUGGGUUUUCUCUCUUUCUUCUCCGAUUCUGCAGGUCCGUGGAACGAAUCUUGUACUGCAAUGUCGAUCCAGACAAAUGGCGUGGAACUCUCCAACCCAAAGCCCUUUAAGAUCUUCAUCGGCUACGAUCCGCGCGAGGACCUCGCCUACGAGGUCUGCCGCCACUCCAUCUUCAAGCGGUCUUCCGUUCCCGUCGAAGUUGUUCCCAUUAAGCAAUCCGAGCUCCGCCAAAAUGGGCUCUACUGGCGAGAACGAGGAAAGCUCGAGAGCACCGAGUUCUCCUUUUCCCGGUUCUUGACGCCCCGACUCGCCAACUACGAGGGCUGGGCAAUGUUCGUCGACUGCGAUUUCCUCUACUUGGCCGACAUCAAGGAAUUGAUCCAAUUGAUCGACGACAAGUACGCCGUGAUGUGCGUUCAGCACGAUUACGCUCCCAAAGAGACCACGAAGAUGGAUGGGGCGGUGCAAACUGUGUAUCCCAGGAAGAACUGGUCGUCGAUGGUGCUGUACAAUUGCGGCCACCAGAAGAACCGGCAGCUGACCCCGGAAAUUGUGAAUUCCGAGUCCGGCGCUUUCCUCCACCGGUUCCAGUGGCUGGAGGAUCACGAGAUUGGGGAAAUCCCCUUUGUCUGGAACUUCCUUGUGGGGCAUAACAAGGUUGUGGAAGGAGAUCCGAGUACUUUUCCCAAGGCGAUUCACUAUACUCUUGGAGGGCCGUGGUUUGAGAAUUGGAAAAACUGCGAGUUUGCAGACCUCUGGAUCAAGGAAAUGGAGGACCAUAAUGCGAACAAGGUGUUCGAUAAAAAGGUCGAAUAGGUAAUUUGCACGUUUGCUCCUCAAUGUUGUUCUGUAUUCAUCCAAGAUUUGUUGGCAACCUUUUAGUUGUUGGAUAGGCAUUACGGCUACGCUAUUCUGCCAUAUGGAUGUAAGCUACUUCUUGGGUUUCUAUUGGUUCUACAUUCAAUUCUGAUUCAAUAGCCUAAGUAAUUUGUUCACCAGUAUUAUGACUAAGGAAAUAACAACCAGAAUUUAUUUUGUACUA